AUGUGGUUCCAGUCUUCUCUCUCUGAGUCUAGAUUCUCAUUUCUGACUCAUGGGGGAGUAACAUCCAAAAACCAUCAACAAACAGACAGAGCGGGAAACUCCCAUAGAAAUGCAGAAGUAGUUUGUGGAAAUGAAAACCGUUCUGAUUGGAUCCAGAACAGUCCAGCAUCUGUCUUGAUCUUCUCCUCUGGAUCCACAGAAUCCACCAGGCUGGUGAACGGAGACAAUCAGUGUUCAGGCAGGCUGGAGGUGAAGUCUAACAACUCCUGGUCCAUAGUGUGUGAAGAUGACUUUGACCAGCAGGAUGCAGAGGUGGUCUGUAGGGAGCUGGACUGUGGGGCUCCUUCAGUCCUCCAGGGGGCGCUCUAUGGAGAAACAGAGGCUCCAGAGUGGAGCAGAGAGUUCCUCUGUGAAGGUCAUGAGUCUGCUCUCCUGAAAUGUAGAAGUUCACAGCUCAGAAGAUGGACCUGUCCUCCUGGUAGAGACGUGGAGAUCACCUGUUCAGAUCCUGAUCAGGUGAUGUUGGUAGGAGGAGCCAGUCGUUGCUCUGGUGAACUUCAUUUGAAACACCACCAAGAAUGGAGACCUGUUCAGUUAAUUCAUGGAUGGACCCUAGAGUCAUUUCAGGUUGUUUGUCAUCGGCUGAACUGUGGUUCACUUGUUUCUGAAGCAUCAAAAACAAAUAGACGAAGAGAACCUGUGUGGAAGAUCAAAUCGGACUGCAUGAAGAGUUUGUCUUUGUGGAGGGAAUGUGUGAAAGUGGACGAUUCUUCAAGCCCUUACCAGAUAAACAUCAACUGCUCAGAAUUCAUCAGGCUGGUGAAUGGAGACAAUCGGUGUUCAGGCAGGCUGGAGGUGAAGUCUAACAACUCCUGGUCCAUAGUGUGUGAAGAUGACUUUGACCAGCAGGAUGCAGAGGUGGUCUGUAGGGAGCUGGGAUGUGGGGCUCCUUCAUUCCUCCAGGGGGCGCUCUAUGGAGAAACAGAGGCUCCAGAGUAG